ACCAUUCAUUUCAUCAGCAUCCGGCAUUAAACUGUACUUUUAUGAAUGGAAAUUAAACGUAAACUUUAUGUAAAGUGAGUUUCCGUGUUGCAGCUUUCAUUUAGAUCCAUUCGUGCGUAAUUGGAAAUGAAACUGAGACAAGAGACCUGAACACGCACACACACUUUGAACUUAAUUUGAGAAUCUAGACAGUGAGGAUUCCCAGUAUGUGAAUACUCUAAAUAUAAAUGUGAAUAAAACAGGCCUGUGUAUCGUUUACAGCUGCUGAUAUUAUUCUAAUAUCAACAAUAAUCAUAAGGUACCGGUUGGCAGCCUGACAGCAUGGUCAGUGACGUGAUUCCAGCUCGACCAGUUUAGUUUGCAUCAUUGUUUGUGAGUAAUAUUAAAUGGGAUAAUUAUUUCAGUAUUUAAUAACAAAGUAAAUUCGUGUAAAAGUGAAGCUCAUCUGUGACUUUAAAGGAAUUUGUGCCUUCGCGUUCUUGUUUGGGCCAAACUUCAUAAAGCAAACAGCAUCAGCAGAAGAAGAAAGAAGGUCCAAACCAUUCUCUCCACUUACCUCUCUAAUGUCAAUUGCCAUUGUUGGCUGCUGUGUCCGCGUCGCUCCGCCCCUCCAUGUGUUGGAGUCUGAGUCCGGCGGGAUAAGGGCAACUCGUCUCCUCCUGCAGCCGAUCAGCUGGACUUCUUCCCAGGGAGACACAAGAAGCAAGAAGCCGGAGGGAGGGAGGGGGACGCAGGCACAGAGCCGCCGGACAGACCCGACCACAUCCAGCCACAGCACGGGGUGUCCGCACCAUGUCCUUCAGCCCAAAGCACUCCACCCCCUUCUCAGUCACCGACAUUUUGAGCCCGAUGGAGGACAGCUACCGGAGGUUUGGAGGUAUGGAUCCCGCAGCGGGGAGCCUCGGGUCCCAGCUGGGCGCCUACAGGCAGCCGCAAGUCUCCCAGCCCGGUAUGCAGCACCAUCAGCACCACCAGGCGCAGCAGCAGCAUCAGCCGCCUCAUCUCCAUCACCACCAUCACCACCAUCACCAUCACCACCUGUCCUCCUCUUCAUCCUCAUCCUCCUCCUCUUCCUCAGCCUCGGCCAGCGCAGCAGCAGCAGCCGCCGCUCUGGGACCCGGCGGGCCCUAUCAUGUGCCCCACGGGGUGCCGCAGUUCUCCGGGGCCGUCGGAGGGUUCUGCAACGGCGGCAUCGGGAACGUCGGAGACUUGCCGUCCUACCAGGAGACGGUGAGGGGCGGAGGGGCGGCAGCGGCGUGGUACAGCAACCCGGAGCCCAGAUACCCGACAAUUUCCAGAUUCAUGGGCCCCUCUGCCGGGAUGAACAUGUCCGGGAUGGUGGGCAGCUUGGCCGGGAUGGACUCGACCGGCAAGUCCAUGGUGACGCUGCACGCCGCGCCGCGGAGGAAGCGGCGGGUGCUCUUCUCCCAGGCGCAGGUGUACGAGCUGGAGCGGCGCUUCAAGCAGCAGAAGUACCUGUCCGCCCCGGAGAGGGAGCACCUGGCGGGACUGAUCCACCUCACCCCGAACCAGGUGAAGAUCUGGUUCCAGAACCACCGCUACAAGCUGAAGCGACAGGCCAAGGACAAGGUCGCGCAGCCGCUGCAGCAGGACGGAGGCGGUGGUGGCGGAGGAGGAGGAAGCGGUGGAGGUCUGUGCACGACGACUCACCGCUCCUCCUCAGUGUCCCCGGUGCUCUCCAAGAACGGUAAGGGGUGCCGGAACGACUCCAGCGGCUCCAACCAGACCGGAAACCGACAGAGCAGCUCGGGGGAUGUGAUGACUGCGACCCCACAGCAACAACAGCAGCAGCAGGUGAACCAGCUGUCAUCCACGGAGGAGCUGGAGGAUUUGUCUCCAAGUCCGCCGAUGGGACUGCACGGUCAGAUCAACAUGACGCAGACGGACGCGGCGCUAAUCGAGUACACAAACAGCAUGAUCGGCUCCAAUUUACUGUACGGGAGAACUUGGUAGGGAUACCGGGAGGCGGACAGACGGGAGCGGGCCUGCGGGGCAUCAUUCCUAGGUUGGAUUUUUGGGAUGAACCGGCUGGAGGACAGAAACAAGCACCAGACUCUUUUUCUUUCCGUGCGUAAAGUUCUGCUUCCUUUAUGCACACAGGGACUCAAAAGACACUGAGUGGUUUUGAGCAGUAAGGUGCAAAAAUAAACUGUAUAUUAGAUCCUUGAACGUGGUCUGAAUGUUCAUAAUGUAUUUUCGCCUCUUCAGAACAAAUAUUUGUUAAGUCUUUCUUUUUUUGGUAACUGACAGAUGUGACUGCUGCUGCAUUUAAACCAUAAAAUCUAAUUUGUGGAGAUUCAGGAUGAGGCACGCGCACUGUGCUUGCCACGACAAAUUAAAUUAUUGCAGGUUUAUAUAUGAAGUUAAUACAAAAUGAAGCAAUAGAGGCCGGUUUGAGAAAUAAUCCCGGGCGGAAGUA